UAAGAUUCUUGAAGUUGAGUAGACAGGUUGUGUUUGCUAAUACUUCACAUUUCUCUUUUCAUUAUCUUUUUCUUCUUUUAUUUAUUCUAGUCUCCUUCUUGUUGACUUCUAAUUAGUGCUAAGCUUAAUUUUGUAUAUAUCAAUGGCAGAUGCUAUAAAAUACUUUGAACUGAAUACAGGAGCUAAGAUUCCUUCCGUUGGUUUAGGUACUUUUCAGUCCCCUCCUGGUGUAGUUGGCCAAGCUGCUGAGACUGCUAUCAAGGUUGGAUACCGUCAUAUUGAUUGUGCUCAAGUAUAUGGCAAUGAAAAGGAGAUCGGUGAAGUUCUGAAGAAGCUGUUCGAAGAUGGUGUUGUCAAGAGGGACGAUCUCUUUAUUACAUCCAAACUCUGGUGCACUGAUCAUGCACCUGAAGAUGUACCCGUGGCAUUUAACAAAACUCUAGAUGAUUUGCAGCUCGACUACAUUGAUUUGUACCUUAUUCACUGGCCUGUCCGGAUGAAGAAUGCUGUGGAUAGCUUUAAACCUGAGAAUCUAAUUCCAGCAGAUAUACCUAGCACAUGGCAAGCUAUGGAGAAACUUUAUGAUUCCGGGAAGGCUAGGGCUAUAGGUGUUAGCAAUUUCUCUACUAAAAAACUGGGAGAUCUUCUUGAAAUAGCUCGUGUUCCUCCUGCUGUUAACCAAGUGGAGUGCCAUCCUACAUGUCAACGGACGGAAUUGAAGGAACUCUGCAAAUCCAGGGGAGUGCACCUCUCUGGCUAUUCACCGCUCGGUUCUCCCGGUUUUGUAUUGCUUAAGGGUGAUGAGGUUCUGAAGCAGCCUGUUGUAAUCUCAGUUGCUGAGAAAUUGGGAAAGACUCCGGCUCAGGUUUGUCUUCGUUGGGGCAUACAGAUGGGUCAUAGCGUACUUCCUAAAAGCACACAUGAAUCCAGGAUCAAAGAGAAUUUCGAUAUUUUUGACUGGUCCAUACCCGAUGAUUUGUUCACCAAGUUCUCCGAAAUUGAGCAGGCAAGCCUGUUUAGAGUCACUCCAUUUGCGAAAAUUCUUUCAGAGAUAUUGGAUGGUGAAUUUUAAGAGUUGCACAAAAAAAAUAAAAAAAAAAUAAGACAAUGACUAGGAUCCAUUUCAUCUCCUAAAUGCAAGAGAUGAAAAUUCAAAAUAAUUUUCAUGUCCCUUCAAAGAAAAAUAACCAUUUGAUUUGGUACUUGGUGAUCAUAUUUAUGGGUCAACUCCAACUUUAUAUAUAUUAUCCUUGUAUUUUGAGUUGUAUAAUGAUUCAUGAAUAUCUUAUUGUUGCA